AUAUUUUGCCUUACAGCACUUGAGAGAAGAGGGUGUGACUCGUCGUGUUACCCAGGGUUUAGUUUAAAAAGGCGGACUUGCUCCGAGACAUUCUCAGGUUUCUUUAUAAGUGCCGGUCCGCAACCCAUUUCCAUGUUUGAGGAUCUGCAGAGCACUCUAAUUUUCUCCUUCUCCUCUGACAGAGUCAGUAACUAUACAUUUGCUAGCAGCAAUGGCUCUCAACCACACAGAAAAAGAAGAAGGCAACGAGUCCCCCGUUUCCUUCGACCCUGAGCGUUCCCACGUUCACGAUGCCGUCCACACAGACGAUGCUACGGUGGUUUGCCCGUCGAGUACCACUGAUACCAAGCUCAUGAUCAAGAUUGAUCUCCAUGUCAUUCCUUUCUUGUGUAUCAUGUAUCUGCUCGCUUUCCUGGAUCGUGUAAACAUCGCCAAUGCCGAGGUUUUUGGCCUGUCCGAAGAACUCGGCCUCGAAAAGACAGAAUACAAUACCGCCCUCGUCGUCUUCUUCGUGCCAUACGUCCUCUUUGAGAUCCCCUCCAACAUUCUUCUCAAGCGCUUCAAGCCCCACGUCUGGCUCAGCUUGAACAUGUUCUUCUUCGGCCUCACUACUCUCCUCCAGGGUCUGGUUCAGAACUAUAGCGGUCUUAUUGCGACUCGUUUCUUCCUGGGUCUUUUUGAGACGGGCAUGUUUCCCGGUGCUUUCUACCUGAUCGGCAUGUGGUAUCGCCGACACGAGGCCCAGCGUCGCUACUCUUUCUUCUUCAACAGCACCACUCUCGCCGGCGCAUUCGGCGGUCUCCUCGCUGCAGCCAUCGGCAAGAUGAGCGGUAUGCGUGGCUACGCCGGUUGGCGCUGGAUCUUCAUCCUCGAGGGCGGUCUUACUGUUCUCGUUAGCUUCUUCUUCUACUUCCUGCUCCCCGAUUUCCCUGAGCAGGCCAAGUGGCUCACCAGCGAAGAGAAGCACUACGUCACAGCAAGACUGCGCAUCGACCAGGGCCACGCCGGCGCCGAGCGCAAGACGACCUUUGCCGAUGCGCUCAACGUGCUCAAGGACUACAAGAUCAUCAUUGGUGGCUUCAUGUACUUCGGUCUCAUUGUGCCCGCUUACGGCUAUGCAUACUUUGCACCUGGCAUCAUCAAAACAUACGGAUACAGUCCCAUCCAGACGCAGCUUUACAGCGUUCCUCCGUGGGCUGCUGCUUUUGGUUUCUCGCUUGCUAUCGCGUUUGCGUCAGACAGGCUUCGACACCGAGCCUCAUUCGCCAUUUUUGCCAUUCUCGUUGCCAUCACCGGUUUCGCAAUUCUUCUAGCCGUCCACGACAACCACUCCGUUCAGUAUGGCGCUCUAUUUCUCGUCACCAUGGGUGCAUACACCGCUAUGCCCAUUAUUGUUUGCUGGUUCAACAUGAAUCUUGGAGGCCACAAGAGAAGAAGCAUCGGCAGCGCAUGGCAAGUUGGCUUCGGAAACAUUGGUGGUAUCAUCGCCGUGUAUGCCUUCUUGGCCAAGGAUGCACCGAAAUUCAUCCCGGGUUAUUCCAUCUGCAUUGCCUUUACUAUCGUGUCGAUCAUUGCAUGUCUCUCAUACGCUGCAGUGAUAACAUACGAGAACAAGCACAGAGAUGCGCACCCACCGCAGACCGAACUCACCAACGAGGAGAAGGCCGAGCUGGGCGAUAAUGCGCCGACAUACAGAUAUUUGCUGUAGAUAGAGUUGCACAUGUGGCUGGUUCACAAAAGUUAGAUACAUACCCCACCUAGUUAAUCAUUUUGCAUAAUGUUGAUGAAUCACGAAUGAAUCAAAGAGCUUUCUACCUUGGUUAGCAGACUAUUUGUCCA